CGAAUCUUCCGUACUAGCAAAGAUGCUCUGUAGUCAACUGGAGCGGCUUAUGUUGUGCAGCAACCAGCGAUAGUUUUGGACGAUAGGAGCAGAGCGAACGGUUUGUUUUCAUCGUUAACCGGUGAACGGGAGCUGCUCUUUGUUCGUCUUCGAACAAACUGUCGUUUUUUGCAUAUCCAGCGGAGGGUUAAGUUAAGUGUUUUCAUGUUGUGCAAUUUACAGUGUUUGCGUGAAGACUCCCUAACUGGCGGAUCGCAUCAGUUCGCCCGGAGGGUCAUCGUCAGCGACGACACCCUCUGCUCAGUUAGCGUCAGCUGUUUAGAAAAUGACCGGAGAGAAGAUCCGCUCCCUGCGCAAGGACCACAGGCCGAGCAAGGACCAGGAUUUACUGGAGCCGGACGAGGAGGCUGCAACCGGGACGUUCACCGCCUCCAAGACGAACAACAAGAGCAGAGCGAGUAAAAUCUUCAGUAAUCACAAGUUAAACAAGUCUUCGUCCACGCAGCAGCAGAACCAACAGUCGCAGAUUAAUGCUAACACCAACACGCUGUCAACGUCGGAUGUCAUCGAUGACAACAACAAAAACCCCAUUAUCCGAACCGCGCAAGACUUUCCGGUGCAUGAAUGUGUCUUUAAAGGAGAUGUCCGACGCCUGUCUUCCCUCAUACGGACGCAGAAUAUCGCCCAGAAAGACGUCCAUGGAAACACGCCGUUGCACCUCGCUGUCAUGAUGGGGCACAAAGAAUGUGCCCACCUGCUGCUGGCCCACAAUGCACCAGUGAAGGUGAAGAACGCUCAGGGAUGGAGCCCCCUUGCUGAAGCCAUCAGCUAUGGAGACCGACAAAUGAUCACAGCGCUGCUGAGGAAGCUUAAGCAACAGUCCAGAGAGAGUGUGGAGGACAAGAGGCCCAAGCUGCUGAAAGCCCUGAAAGAACUUGGAGACUUUUACUUGGAGCUUCACUGGGACUUUCAAAGCUGGGUGCCUUUGCUCUCCAGAAUCCUGCCUUCAGAUGCGUGUAAGAUCUACAAGCAGGGCCUCAACAUCAGAUUGGACACUACCCUGAUAGACUUCACAGACAUGAAGUGUCAGCGCGGUGACCUGAGUUUUAUCUUCAACGGCAAUGCCAUCCCUUCCGAGUCUUUUGUUGUGCUGGACAACGAGCAGAAAGUCUACCAGCGGAUACACCAUGAGGAGUCGGAGAUGGAGACAGAGGAGGAGGUGGACAUUCUGAUGAGCAGCGAUGUGUACUCCGCCACGCUCUCCACCAAGUCCAUCACCUUCUCCAGGGCGCAGACCGGCUGGCUGUUCAGAGAAGACAAGACGGAGCGUGUGGGAAACUUUCUGGCAGAUUUCUACUCCGUGAACGGCCUGGUGCUGGAGUCCCGGAAGAGACGCGAGCAUCUGAGCGAGGAGGACAUCUUGAGGAACAAAGCCAUCAUGGAGAGCCUUAGUAAAGGAGGGAAUCUCAUAGAGCAGAACUUUGAGCCAACGAGGAGGCAAUCUCUGACUGCCCCGUCACCCAACACUAUAUCCUGGGAAGAAUACAUCAGUGCUGACAAUGGAAAAGCACCCCAUCUGGGAAGAGAGCUGGUCUGCAAAGAGAGCAAGAAAAACUUCAAAGCCACGAUAGCCAUGAGUCAAGACUUCCCUCUGGGCAUUGAAUCGUUACUGAAUGUUCUGGAGGUAAUUGCACCCUUCAAGCACUUUAAUAAACUCAGGGAGUUUGUUCAGAUGAAGCUCCCCCCUGGCUUUCCCGUCAAACUUGACAUUCCUGUCUUUCCUACGAUCACAGCCACGGUGACGUUUCAGGAGUUUCGCUAUGAUGAGUUUGACGAGUCCAUUUUUACCAUUCCCAACGACUAUAAAGAAGACCCUAGCCGCUUCCCCGACCUUUAACCUCUCAAGCUGGAACAGGAAACAAACAUGCAACAAGGCAACAGUGUGCUACAAAACAUAACUUUCUGAAUUACAAAAGGAAAAUUUGGAGUGAAAAAACAGCGCCCAUCGUUUCUUGACAGUUUAUGGAUUCCGUCGCCCAUCUCGACCCUGAAUACAGACCGCAAACAAGACGAUCAGACUUUGACAUACAUGACAAAAAUGGCGUCUUCAGAGCUGAUGGAGGCCCACUGUGGCAGAGAGGUUCCACAUCUCAUCGUGUUAACAGUGUUUUGAAGUGUAGUGUUGCAGGUUCUCACUCUCACCAUCAGAUUUGGUUUAAUCCAGCCAUCCGAGGCAGGAAGUGCGAGUAACUUGAAGCCGAGAGUCUGAACCGCUCAUCAGUGAAAGGGCAUUGAAGUUUAAACGAGUGACAGGAGAGCAGGUGAGUUCUCUGUUUACCCGGUAUAAGCAGAAGACGGUCAACCAGUUCAUUUGAUGCUAUUAUUUAAGUAUGUAAAUAAUGUUUAUAAAGGGAAUGUUUUUAACUGACUUGUAGUAAAGCACUGAUACUACUUGUGACACAAAGGGGAGGAAUUCCCACAAACUGACUUUUUAGGUUAUUUUUCCUGCUUAAAUAGACUUUGUCAAGUUGUCAAGUUGCAAAAGUAAUUUGCAGUUUUGUGAUAUUAGAUUUGGCCUCAAUGAGACAUUCACUUGUAUAUAAUCUAAUGUACACCUGUCACAGGUGAAGUGGAUUCUUUUGUAGGAUAAUAACCUAAAAAUCUGUUUUUGCAGGAUUCCACUUUAACUCUACACAUUGUUACUGUUUGUGUGUGUGUGUGUGUGUGUGUGUGUGUGUGUGUGUGUGUGUGUGUGUGUGUGUGUGUGUGUGUGUGUGUGUGUGUGUGUGUGUGUGUGUGUGUGUGUGUGUGUGUGUGUGUGUGUGUGUGUGGUGGGUGGGUGGGUGGGUGUAUAAAACAUUGAUUUUCAUGGGCAUGGAGUAGCAUCACUGAACAUUUUGGGCACUAUUUAGAUCCACUACAGCCACUUGACAUUCAGCUGAGUUUAUAGAUAUACACUCAUUUUGUGAUACUCAACCGUUAAUUCUGCAUUUAAAAUCAACGCUUGAAAUGCUGCGAUUUUUAUGGUACCACAAGUUUUUUUUCUUUGUUUGAGUGGCAGCAAGUGUAGGUUAUGUUUAAACCUUUUGUUUCAUACUACAUCUUUUGUAAACUAUGUAACAAACUGUACAAUCCUGCUAAAAGAAGAAAACUGGGGAUUGUAAAAGUAGACAUUAGGGAAGGAAUGAAUGACUACAACAUUCAUGCUGUUUUUAGACAUAAGAACCAGGCUUUUCCCCUGCACAGUAUGUAAAUACAAGUUUUAUGAGUUAUUGCUUUUGUCUCUUACUUUCUUUUCUUAUUCUUUGUGAUGAUGAGUUUAAUAUGUCCUCUGCAAGAGGAAGAGUUUUUUUUAUUGUGUAGCACACAUCAGUUAAUUCAAGUUUAUUGGUUUGUAACAUGGUGGCAGUUGCCAUUUUUGUACAUACUUGUAAUGUUUUAAAAAACAAUGAAUCUCUUUAUCCUCCUGUCAUUUUUUCCCCUCCCACUAUAUCUGAUAAACCUUAUGAACCUCCAGAUGUGUGGAACAAGCAAUCAUUUCCACGGGGGGGAAAACACAAAGCACCAAGGUUCCUCUGAAGGUUAAUUCUGUACAAGUCCAGUAGGUUGGGAAAGUUUAGCUGCUUUUAUGGUUCACAAGCUUUUAUCAUGUUGAUACAAACGGGUGUUGUGCUCAUGUUUGAGUUGUCUGCUCCUGGAGUUUAAAAUGAAGUCAUGUUACACAGAGUCGCAGAAAAAAGUAUGUGAACCCUUUGGAAUUACAUGGAUUUCUGCAUAAAUUGGUCAAAAAAUUUGAUUUGAUCUUCAUCUAAGUCACAACAAUAGACAAACACUGUCUGCUUCAACUAAUACCACAGAAACAAUCAUAUUUUUUCAGUGAACACCAUAUAAACAUUUACAGUGCAGGGUGGAAAAAAGUAUGUGAACCCAUAGGAUCAUGACUUCUCCAAAAGCUAAUUGGUGUCAGGAGUCAGCCAACUUUGGACAUUGGAGGUGUUGGUUGGAGCUGCUCUGCCCUAUUAUAAACACCAAUUUUAAUUUUACUAUUCAUGAAGCGUUGCCUGAUGUGAACCAUGCCUUGAACAAAAGAGCACUCAGAAGAACUAAGAUUAAGAAUUGUUGACUUGCAUGAAGCUGGAAAGGGUUACAAAAGUAUCUCUAAAAGCCUCAGUGUUCAUUAGUCCACGGUAAGACAGAUUGUCUAAAGAUGGAGAAAGUUCAGCACUGUUGCUCCUUUCCCUAGGAGUGGCCGUCCUGCAAAGAUAACUGCACGAGCACAGCGCAGAAUGCUCAAUGAGGUUAACAAGAAUCCUAAAGUGUCAGCUGAAGACUUACAGAAAUCUGUGGAACAUGCUAACAUCUCUGUUGAUGACUACGAUACGUAAAACACUAAAGAAGAAUGGAGUUCAGGGGAAGACACCACAGAGGAAACCGCUGCUCUCCACAAAAACACCAUUUCUGCAAUUCAAUUAAAUUUUAUUUAUAUUGUGCCAAAUCACAACAACAGUUAUCUCACAGCGCUUUUCAUAAAAGAGCAGGUCUAGACCGUACUCUGUGAUGUUAUUUACAGAAGCCCAACAGGCUGAAACCCAACUUCAGGUAUGAAGUUUGCCAAAGAGCACCUGGAUGUUCCACACACUUCUGGCAAAAUAUUCUGUGGACAGAUGAAACCAAAGUUGAGUUGUUUGGAAGGAACACACAACCUUAUGUAUGGAGGAAAAAAAGACACAGCACACUAACAUCAAAACCUUAUCCCAACUAUGAAGAAUGGUGGAGGGGGGAUCAUGGUUUGGGGCUUCUUCGCUGCCUCAGGGCACUGGAGGGGUUGCUAUCAUUGACAGAAAAACAGGAAACAUUUUGUUAUUGCUACCAAAGGAGGGUCAACCAGUUUUCAAAUCCAAGGGUUUUUCCACCCUGCACUGUGAAUGUUUACAUGGUCUAUUCAAUAAACAAACAAUUGUCGAGUGGUAUUUGUUUAAGUAGACUGUGUUUGUCUAUUGUUGUGACUCAGAUGAAGAUAUGACCAAUUUAUGCAGAAAUCCAGGUAAUUCUAAAGGGUUCACAUAUCUUUUCCUGUAACUGUGUGUUGGCUCAAAGUAGUUUUAACAAUUUGUUUAUUUACAUACAUAUUCAGUAUAACCAAAUACAGUACAUUUCAUUACAAUCCUCCGUACGGGCAAGUGCAGCUAACAUUAAGUUCCUAGUAGUGUGCCUCCCCUGGUAUGACGCUUCAUUUUUUUUCAUGCUUUUUUUUGUCUUCAGCUGCUUGAAUUUUCCAUGUUUUAUGUAGGAAAUACAUUGAUUCAUUUACAUUUCCUUUGUACAGCAAAAACUGUUGUAAAAGUCUGCGACACUAUUUUCAUAUAAAAUGUACUAAAAUAAAAGACACAUAUCCAACA